CCAUUCCACUAUCAAUACCAAGUCUCUCCUUACCCAGCCUCCAAACCUCGCUGCAGAACCGAAACACGGACAGAACUUCUCUCUGCUUGCCUCUUUACCUCUCGUCAUCAUGACGGGCUCCCAAUGCGUUUUCAACCCGGCGACGGCCCUGCGCCGCGUCUUCAUGCCUUCCAACGUCGGACGUGCACACUCGCUACACCUGACGAGGAUAUUCGUCCCCGCGCUCUUCGAACUGCCGCCACAAGCCCGGGCCUACUGGGCAGGCCGAGACCAAGGCACGAAAAGCACACCGAUCCGGCACAGCUCCCUGUUCGACCGCGAGAGCCACGCGCCGCGGACACCACCCCCGAACGCCCUCGAUAGCCUGCACGCCCGGCGCACAGCCCGCGCGUCCCAACAACAAAAGAAGAAGAAAACCGAAGAGGCGCCGGUGGAGCGCGUCAAGGUCAAGCUCGGCCGCAUGCCGCGCGACGAGGAGAUCGCCUGGCCGUACGUCCACGUCAAGCCGCCGCCCGGGGCGGUGGGCCACCCGUCCAUCGACAUCCCGCGGCCCCUCAAGGAGGUGCUGGCGGAGCUGGACCGCAAGACGACGUACCUGGAGGCCCUGGCCGUGCCGGACCCCGAGGAGAAGGGCUCGCCGCGGUGGCCGGUCUGCAGGGUCGUCAACAAGAUGGAGGAGAUGGCCAGGCUGAAGGACAUCAGGGACCGCAAGAAGAAGGGGGCCGUCAAGGAGAAGGAGGUGGAGCUGACGUGGACGCUGGCGCCCCACGACCUCGACCACAAGCUCAAGACGCUGCAGAAGUUCCUGAACAAGGGCUACAAGGUGCAGGUCCUCAUACAGAAGAAGGUCCGUGGCAAGGCAACUGCGAACGAAUCCGACGCCAAGGAACUUAUUGAGAGGGUUACGAAGGCCAUUCAGGAGGUUAACGGCGCCAAGGAGUGGAAGGGACGAGAGGGCGUGAUCUUGGGCAAUUACAGGAUCUUCUUGCACGGUAAGGCACAGGGUGAAGCUGCUGCCGAAGCUGCUGUUGUGGCGAAAGACGUGGCCAAAGAUACUCCAGCUGCAAGCAGUGAUGUGGCAGAAACCAGUGAGGGAACAAGCACCGUGGGCCAGAGCCAAGCAUGAUUGCUCCGGCCACUGCAACAGCAUUUACACGAGCAUCGUGAACAGAAUAAAUCAUACUGGUAAUGUAUGUUGUAUUAUACCAUCAGACACUCCUCAUCUAUCACACAGUUAGGAAGCCGUGAAUAAACUACGGCACCAGGUGGAUUGCAUCA